AACAUUGUAGCCUAAUGUCAAAAUAUUUAAUAUUGGGAUAGUAGUGACAGGUCGGCAGCAGGAUUAUAGCAUUCUGAAGCUUUUCUCCUGUACAGCAAUAACAAACUCAAGCUAUAUUUUAUAACAAAAACAAGGUAGGUUACUGGUAUGUUUCACUGUGAGGUCUUUGCCUCUGGCUACAUUAUUGACCUUCAGGAUGGACCUAAAAGAAAAGACUGCUGCCAUAUUGAAACAAUAUGAAGUCGGAAGCAGAUUCUCGUACUUGCCGGUCUUGCCCAAAGCCUCGGUGUUGAUACCGCUGUUUGUGAGGGACGGAGAAGUCCACAUGCUGAUGACUCUACGCUCCCAAGAGCUGAGGACCAACGCAGGCGAGGUGUGUUUCCCAGGUGGGAAGAGGGACCCGAGGGACAGGGAUGACGUGGACACGGCUCUGAGAGAGGCAGAGGAGGAGAUAGGCCUUCCUCCUGACCAGGUGGAUGUGGUCUGCACACUCUUCCCCAUUAUGAACAAGAGUGGUCUGUUGGUGACUCCAGUGGUGGGGUUCAUUGAGGCCUCAUUCUCUCCUCGCCCAAACCCAGCCGAGGUCAGCGCUGUGUUCACUGUCCCUCUGGAGUUCUUCACUAGAGAGAUAGACCACUCAUCCUACAGCGCGACUGGAAUUGCUGGCUUGCUCCACAGUUUCCAGUUUCCGGACCCUGAAUCAGGCAGCCACUAUCAGAUAUGGGGCCUGACUGCCAUUUUGGCUAUACUGGUCUCUGUCCUAGCCCUCAGAAAAAAGCCUGAGUUUGAGACUGGUUUUGAUUCUGAUGACCCGGUAUCUUUCUUCCAACACAAUCUGAACAAAAGGAUCAGUAAACUAUGACAUAUAUCAAUGUUGAAUUUUUUUUUAUUUUAACCAGAUAAUUAUAUAAUGCAAUGUAAUGAUGGAGAGAACACAUUUUUCCCUAAAAUGUUGUAAAUGUAAUUGUUCUGCCAACUGUAAAUGUGGAAUCAUGUGCAAUACCUAUGUUCUUUACCAAAAUGUAUUUUUAUUUUUACUUUGAAUGUAAUUUGUGAAUAUUGUAUAUUGAUGACAAUAAAAAAUUACAGUUGCUAUUA